GCCAGUGUGACCAAGGGGGUGUCUGCACCGCUCCCAGCACACAGACCCACGGGCACACUGCUGCGGGGCACGGGGAGCUGGGUGCCCCCUCCAGACCACGAAGCCCCCGGGACGCAUCGGCUGGGGAGGUGGGGGGGCACACCGGGAGGCAGCUGCCCGCUCCGCAGCACGCACCUACCCGCCAUACACCCCGCCGGGGGGGGGAGCAGGGCGAUGGACAGGACACAGGGCCUGGGGCGGGGGGACACACACGGGCCCGGCGCUCCCCGCCGCCGCUCGGCAGGGGGCGGGCCUCGGGCCUCGCGCCCCGCCACCGCCGCGCGCCCGCCCUCCCGCCGCCGCCAGUCCCAGCGGCCAGCGCGCGCCGGGCCGCUCACCCCUCCCCGUCCCGUCUCUUCCCCCCCCUCCCUCGCUCCCCCCCCCGCCGCCGCCGCCGCCGCCACCUCCCGACUCCCUUCAGGGGCGAUGCGAACAGCGCCGCGGCGCCUCCUCCACACGCUCUGCAGCUCCACCUUCAGGAUGGGCGACUCGGCCUCCCGGCUGCCGCAGAAGGAAGAGGCGCUCCCCGGCAGAAACCAGCGCAUCCCGGUGGCAGAUAAACAUCAUGUCAAUGGAAACAGAAUGGUAGAACCUUUCCCAGAGGGAACACAGAUGGCUGUAUUUGGUAUGGGCUGUUUCUGGGGAGCUGAGAGGAAGUUUUGGAGACAGAAGGGAGUCUACUCCACUCAAGUGGGUUAUGCAGGAGGGUAUACUCCAAAUCCUACCUACAAAGAAGUCUGUUCAGGUAAAACUGGCCACACAGAGGCUGUACGAGUAGUAUAUCAGCCAGAAAACAUCAGCUUUGAGAAACUGCUCAAGGUCUUCUGGGAGAAUCAUGACCCGACACAAGGAAUGCGACAAGGUAAUGACUUUGGCACACAGUAUCGCUCGGCCAUCUACACGUUUUCUCAGGAACAGAUGGAAGCUGCCUUGAGAUCUAAGGAAGAAUAUCAAAAGGUAUUGACGGAGGGCGGUUUUGGUCCCAUCACAACAGAAAUCCGUGAGGCUCCAGAGUUUUAUUAUGCCGAAGAUUACCAUCAGCAGUACCUCAGUAAGAACCCCGGUGGAUACUGCGGCCUCGGGGGAACAGGGCUUUCCUGCCCUAUUGGGAUCACGAAAUAGCCUGUGUUUACUCCGUCGGCACCACUUUAGUUUAGGGAGUUUGAAAAAAGACCGACAACCCUGGUAGGUGUUACAGUACGCCCUCAGCAUCAGUGCAUAAAGAUGUGGGAACUUGUUGGGGCGGCUUUCCAUAAUCCGAGCCGUUUCCCAUUCACCAACAUAAAAAGCCAAAGUAGAGGCAGAAAUCGCGCCUGUCGGCAGAUGAAGCUUCUUGCUCUGUGCAGCUCACUGGGUUUCCUUGCAAUCUUGUAAUGGGGAGAGAAAUGGAACUUUUAAAAAAAUUUGGCUUGAAAUGCUGUUAAAAGGAUGAAUUAGGAUGUGGUUGCACCUGCUAACUGCGUUGAAUAGCUAAUGCCUUCAGAUAUGUUUAUUUUCUUGGGUUAAUGAAUUUGCUCAUGUUAUGAGAGCUUUGACUUCUGGAGACAUGGUUGGGCUCAUCUUAACUAUCACAACCCUGUAAUUUGAUGUCUUUGAGAACGGUGAAUUUAUAAGAUCAGUAAUCCUCUCACAAUUCUACUUUGACAGCAACAUGUAAUAUCACCUAUAGUGCCUAUUUUCUGAAACAAUUUGAGUAAGAAAAAGUAAAAAUUGUAAUGCGAUACUUCUUUUUGACAGUUCCAAAAAGUGUAUAAACGCACGAAGAAAUCAAUUUUGUUUCCUGCACUACAAUAAAUCACAAAAAAAAAAAA